AUGUCAGAAUCAUCACGUCUGCCUGCCAUCUCUCGCAUGGACGAGCCGAUCUUAAUCGACGACGACGACGAAGAUGACGUUGCAGCCAUUCCAUCCAUCAACCGUGCCCCAGCACAUUCUCCCUCAGGCUCUCUGCGCGACGUCACGCCUGCCAUGUCGGUCGAGACAGACACCACCACCAGCAACGAUCCAAUCAAUGGUUUCGUCAAUAGCAACAUCGACCAGCAAUCCUCCCUCGACCAAUACAGGACCGGCUACGUGUACUCCGCAGAUAUGAUGCUCCACGUCAACCCGGUCGAUCCCGAGCAUCCCGAGAGGCCAUUACGAAUCUGGAAAAUAUACUUGAAGUUCAAGCACAGGGAUCUCUUCUCCCGUAUGAAGCGGAUUCCAAUUCGGGAAGUGACCCGAGCUGAGGUAGAUCUUGUCCACGACAAGGGCAUCUGGGAUGGUGUCGAACAGUCGGCACGCCUGCACUCGGACUUCUUGAAAGAGCAGGUCCUUGCGCUGGAGAGCUCCAGCUCUCUUUACAUCAACGAACACUCGGCCUAUGCCGCAAGACUCUCUUGCGGAGGGGCCAUCGAACUGUGCGAUGCCGUCGCAGCCGGCCGCAUCCAGAACGGGUUUGCCAUCGUAAGGCCCCCUGGCCAUCACGCAGAGCCUCACAGGAGCAUGGGCUUCUGCUUCUACAACAACGUUGCCGUAGCGACACGACACGUCAUGCGAAAACACGAUCACAUUAACAAGGUCCUCAUCCUCGACUGGGACGUGCACCACGGCAACGGAACGCAAAAAGCCUUUGAGAACGAUGCAGAUGUGCUAUACAUCUCGAUCCAUCGAUACGACGCCGACGGCAGCUUUUAUCCUGGUUCCAGCUAUGGUAACUACGAUAGCGACGGUACGGGGGCUGGUAAGGGCAAAUCGGUCAAUGUGCCGUGGCCCACCCAUGGCAUGGGCGAUGCAGAUUACAUGUAUGCGUUCCAGCAUCUCGUGAUGCCCAUCGCCUACCAGUUCGAGCCGGACCUCGUCAUCAUUUCCGCCGGCUUUGAUGCUGCUGACGGCGAUCCCAUUGGUCUCAACAGGGUCUCCCCAGGCGGAUUUGCACAGAUGACGCACCAGCUCACCUCGCUCUGCCAGGGCAAGGUCGCCGUCGUGCUCGAAGGCGGUUACAACCCGGAUGCUGUGGCCAACAGCGCCCUAGCCGUCACCGAAGUACUCUUGUCCCUCAAUACAGCCGAGCCACGAGAGACUGUGGCCAGCACCAUCGCCGCAAAUACCGUCCAUAGAGUCAUACGCCACCACAAGCGGUAUUGGCCCUCUCUUCUCGUGUCGGACAUCGAAGCGGAUGACGUCGACUGGGCUUCCCCCAACCCGCCUCCUUCGGUCGAUGUGAUCGAGUUACUCGCCGCUUACCGUCAGACGGUGAUUACCGAAGAGUAUGACCUGUUUGAAGUGCCUCUGUACGACAGUCCACACAGCGCAUUCGGCGGACAUGCCUUGUGUUCCGAGGGCAUCCUGGACCAAUUCUCCACCAUCAUCUUUUUCGUACACGAUAUGGGCAACUUGCGCUCCGAACGGCCGCGAUCGGUGCUGGAUCACCAGAAAGAAGCCUACAGGCUCGUCGAUGCCUCGAAAUGCGUUAUGGACUAUGCCAAGUCGCAACGCUAUGGUCUGGUCGACAUCAACGUCGUCAGGCAACUCUCCACCAAUAGACCUAUCCUUCCCGCAGAUUCGCGAGACUUGGUGCUGCACGGUGAUGUCGAAGGGAUGAAAGAAGCAUGCGAAGCCGCAGAGUUCAUCUGGGACAACAUUAUUGCGCUCGCCGGGCGCUUGCAAGGGCCCUGCGACGUGGUCCUGAUGGGACUCGGCACUGGUUGCAACGUUCUGACAAACAUCAUCGACAAAAAGGAUGUCAAGUCGCGCGUCAAGGCCGUCGUCCACGUCGUAGGUUAUGGCAAGAUGCCCGGCAUCUCGGUGGCAAAGGAUCUCGAGACCAAGAAAUGGUACUACAAAAAUUCGAAGGUCCUUGCGCCGGCAGACCACCGACACCUGCUGGAACGAGGCGAUGCUGCGCCCCUCAAGAGGUACGGCAGGAUCACGCCAAUCCACAAGACGGCCCCCAUCAACGUGCUCAGUGAGAGCAUGGCCAGCAUCGGGGUUUUCAUCGAGAAAAAACUCGCUGUAGCCAAGAGACCCUAG